GCCAAACUCCAUGCCCAACCAUCCAGCAACAACACUCACCCAGACCCAGUCACUACUGGUCACAUAGCACCGCAAGCACGAAUCACUCUCCUCCAAUACCCAGCUCGAUCGCUUGCUGUUGCUCCGACUCGAUCAGCUGCAAGUCCAACAAGAUGAAGACGAAGGCGUCAUCCUUCUUCAAGCAGGUGGUGUCGGCGAUCGUGGCGGCGGUGAAGGCCAAGUCCACGGCGGUGCGCGUCAAGACCAGCGCCCUCAAGACGCGCCUCCUCAUCUUCGGCAUCCUGCGCAACAAGAAGCUGCUCAUGGCCGCCAUCAACCACAAGAUCGACGCCAUCAUGGGCCAGCAGCAACAGCAGGAGGAGGAGCAGCAGGCGGGCAAGGAUCCGCUCGUCGACGGCGACGACGGCAAGAAGGCCAUCGUGCUGUACACGGCGCCGAGCUUCAGCUUCUCCGCGGAGCUCGGCGCGCAAGAGGUGGAGGCGGCGGCGCGGGAGCAGGAGGAGCAGGAGGACAGCGACGACUACCUGACCCACUCGCUGUUCGCGGAGGAGGACGAGCUGGUGAGCGCGCCGGGGUCGGUCAUCGACGUCAUGCGCGACGCCCGGGACCGGGAGCGGGAGGCCGCCGGCGGGGGCGCCGAGUUCCGGCUCGAGGAGGAGAUCGACCACGUCGCCGACGUCUUCAUCCGCCGCAUCCACCGCCAGCUCAAGCUGCAGAAGCUCGACUCCUUCAAGCGCUUCUGCGAGAUGCUCGAGAGGGGCGCCUGAUUGAUCCAUCCGAUCCCGGCCUUAACUUCUGCUACCAAGCUGACUAACGCCUGAUCCAGGCCACGGUUAAUUAUGUAAUCAAUUACUAGCAACUUGGAGAGAUGAAUUAAUUCAAUUCGUCCGUGCAUGUAGAUGGUUAAGUAGAAGGAAUAAAGGUGGGCAGGGCGAGAA